CAGCCUCAAGCAUACUUGUCCAUCACGUGGACGGUCUCUGGCUGCAUUUGGGGUAAAAACUAUCAAAAUCUAUGUAGAGAGAGGAUCUGUGCGCAUUCUCCACACCCUUUGGCCUUUCCGUUGCCCUUUUUGGAGCUGUCCGUAACUUUGCCGCGCCCAUCGAGCGACCCAACAGAUCACAAUGCAGCUUCGAAUCCAUCUGACUAGGUCAAGUAAACCAGGUACUUUGUCGGGUAUCCUAACUACCCUCAUGUGCGCUCAGCGUCUGCUGCGACUAGAGCAAGCUAGGGCAUUAGCUGAUUGGCACAAUCACGCCUUCUUUCCCUCUGCGACGAUGAUACAUACAUAGUAC